AUGGUGAAAUCACUGUUCCACCUGCUUGGUGCUGUAGGUGGGACAGCACAUAAAAACCGAGCACAGUUACACCUCCGCCUCCCCGGCAGCUUCGUCCUCUCCAUCGCGUCUCGGGGCUCCGAGCCGGCUGCUCCGCGUCCACGAGCAGGAGGAGGGGACCGGCACGUCACCGGCGUGUUCUCUCAAGGCACUGUGACGGAUGCGGGAGCAGCCAACCCUCUGGCCAGGGUGUGCCAGGGAAGCGGCGCCCGGCCAAGGGGAGCUGCCGCAGGCACUGCCGGGGCACACGGGCACACUCCCGGAGUCCCGGGAUCCGGGCUGGCAUCUCCCCUCCCUGCCAGGCGGGCGAGAAGGGCCGGCGAAAGCUCAUUCCCUCCUGCACUCACAGGAGCUCCAGAAUCAGAAAGCAAAAUAAAAAACAAAACAAAACAAAAAAACAACCCAACACACGGUUUGGGGAUAAUGAGACUGCUUCGAGCCAUAAGAAACAAGCAGUCCCACUGCUGCCGGCUGGUUUGUAAGCCAGGAUUAAACAGCACUGGGCACCCAGAGGAUAAAUCCCGAAUCCAAGGGGGCCACGUGAAUACAGAGCUCAUCUGCAAAGUGCAGACAUGCUGCCAGGACCUCACUCCGUCUGCAAGAGGAGGCAGGAGAUUUGAAGCUGUGGCAUUAGCUCUGCCCAGCCUUAAAUACUUUCACCUAUACUGUAGGAAUCGUGACUUUACAACCCAGUUUUGUCCUUUAAAGCUUCCAGUGUCAAGUGAUGCUCCAAAUCCAUUUAGACACCUCAUCCAGUGUCUGACCAUGAAUACAAAAUAG